AGUGCUGAGGCCCUGCCCAGAGAAGCUCACCGCUGUGGGAGAGGCAGGCAUGGACACAGGCCUCACUGGGGAAUUGAAGUGUGAGAAAGGGGCCAGAUGAAGUGCUCCAGGAUAUCCUAGAGGCCAACAUUACAUGCGUGGCGCAUGUGAGGCAGGAGAGAAGAUCUGAGUCACGCCCCCGACACCCCCUUCCGCUGUAAGUCUGGAAGAACAGAGCAUCGCCUCCGUGUUCUCAAGCCGCACAUCCCGGAAGUCAGCCUCGCGCGCGGAGAAGGACGGUGCCAUGGCGGAUGGCGAGGGGUACCGGAACCCCACCGAGGUGCAGAUGAGCCAGCUGGUGCUGCCUUGUCACACCAACCAGCGCGGCGAGCUGAGCGUUGGGCAGCUGCUCAAGUGGAUCGACACCACAGCCUGCCUGUCCGCCGAGAGGCACGCUGGCUGCCCCUGUGUCACCGCCUCCAUGGACGAUAUCUAUUUUGAGCACACCAUCAGUGUCGGACAAGUGGUGAAUAUCAAGGCCAAGGUGAAUCGAGCCUUCAACUCUAGCAUGGAGGUGGGCAUCCAGGUGGCCUCUGAGGACCUGUGCUCUGAGAAGCAGUGGAGCGUGUGCAAGGCCUUGGCCACAUUUGUGGCCCAGCGGGAACUCACCAAGGUGAAGCUGAAGCAGACCACACCGCAGACCGAGGAGGAGAAGACCGAGCACAGUGUGGCGGCUGAGCGGCGGCGCAUGCGGCUGCUCUACGCGGACACCAUCAAGGACCUCCUGGCCAACUGCGUCAUUCAGGAUGAUCUGGAGAGCAGAGACUGCAGCUACAUGGUGCCGGCCGAGAGGACCCGCGUGGAGAGCGUGGAGCUGGUCCUGCCCCCCCAUGCCAAUCACCAAGGCCACACCUUUGGGGGCCAGAUCAUGGCCUGGAUGGAGAACGUGGCCACCAUUGCAGCCAGCCGGCUGUGCCGUGCCCACCCUACGCUGAAGGCCAUUGAGAUGUUCCACUUCCGGGGCCCCUCCCAGGUUGGGGACCGCCUGGUGCUCAAGGCCAUCGUGAACAACGCCUUCAAGCAUAGCAUGGAGGUGGGCGUGUGCGUGGAGGCUUACCGCCAGGGCGCCGAGACCCAACGGCAGCACAUCAACAGCGCCUUCAUGACCUUCGUGGUCCUAGAUGCAGAUGACCAGCCUCGGACUCUGCCCUGGAUUCGGCCCCAGCCUGGGGACGGCGAGCGGCGGUACCGAGAAGCCAGUGCCAGGAAGAAGAUCCGACUGGACAGGAAGUACAUCGUGUCCUGUAAACAGGCAGAAAUGCCCCUUUCUGUCCCCUGGGACCCUAGCAACCAGGUGUGCCUGAGCUACAACAAUGUCUCCUCCCUGAAGAUGCUCGUGGCCAAGGACAACUGGGUGCUGUCGUCAGAGAUCAACCAGGUCCGCCUGUACACUCUGGAGGAUGACAAGUUCCUCUCCUUCCACAUGGAGAUGUUGGUGCAGGUGGAAACAAUCCAGGCCUUCAUGCUGCUCUCAGACCUGCUCCGGAGGCCUGAGUGGGACAAGCACUAUCGGAGCGUGGAGCUGGUGCAGCAGGUGGAUGAGGAUGACGCCAUCUACCAUGUCAUCAGCCCUGCCCUUGGCGGUGACACCAAGCCCCAGGACUUUGUAAUCCUGGCCUCUCGGCGGAAGCCUUGCGACAGCGGGGAGCCCUAUGUCAUCGCGCUGAGGUCAGUCACACUGCCCACACACCCUGAGACACCAGCAUACAGGCGUGGGGAGACCCUCUGCUCAGGCUUCUGCUUCUGGCGAGAGGGGGACCAGCUGACCAAGGUGUCCUACUACAACCAGGCGACCCCAGGCUUUCUUAACUACGUGACCACCAAUGUGGCUGGUCUGUCUUCUGAGUUUUACACCACCGUCAAGGCCUGUGAGCAGUUCCUCUUGGACAAUCGGAACGAUCUGGCCCCCAGCCUCCAGACCCUCUAGGCACCCUCAGUGGCCACCCCCCGCCCACUCCCCCUCCAUUCGGUCCCCAGGGACACAAGUACAGUGUACCAAGGAAAGCAGGGGCAUUUAUUCCUUCCCGCCUCCCCCGUGGGAAGCCUUCACCCAGAUGUCCACCUGCCCAGCGCCACUGGGCGCUCAGUUGCUGCCAACAUCCGCCAACAAGGCUUCGUGGAGGCUCCGGGGCAGCCUAUAGUAGCUCCGGGUCUUGUCCACAGCCCUGGCCGCCAGCAGCACUGCCCGCACAGAUGCAUAGCUGCCCCCCAGCAGGCUGUGCUCCACCGUGACUGUGGCCCUGGGGGAGGCGGCCAACAGUCUGGCCACGACGCUGGCCACGUUCUGGUCCAGCAGCCCAGCCUGCAGCUGGAAGGACACAGGUUGCCAGAGACCCCGACACAGGUCCAGCAUAUCUUCAAGCAGCUGUUCCCUGUAGCCACUGCCCAGCGCCUCCUCCGGCCAACCUGGUGCCACUGUCACGUGGGGGAAAAUCUCAGCCACAGCUGUAAGCAACUCCUGGCCAGCCAGGUGACCCGGCACUGCAAAACUGCCAUAGGAGACUGUGGCCCCGAUCCACACAGGCCGGGGCAACUGGCCGAGGGCGGAGAGGUGAGCCAGUAUGGCCAGAGAGGGCCGGAGGGCGGACGGCUCACCAAUGUGCAGAUGGACACCCCAGUGGCCAGGACGCUCAGCCAGCUGCUGCAGGCAGGACUCCAGCGUCAGGGCGGGACCUCCUGGCACGCGUACGAUGGGCACAGGGUCCUCGGUCGCAGGCUCCUGGAGGCUAAUGUUCAGCAGGAUCAAGCCUUCUCUGUCUGGAAGGGGCAAUGCAGGCGGCCGUAUCAGGAGUUUGGGUUAUGGUGGGGUGUCUGGGGUGGGGUGGUGGUGUCAGAGGCCCUGCUGAAAGGGGUGGGAAAGGAGAAGCUGGCUCUCUAUUUGCUGAGAUAUGUUGAUUGGUCCAGGCUCCAGGAGGAAGGGUUGCUUCAGAAAUGUUCCUGGGGCUCAUAAGAAAGACAUGAUCAGCUGCUAGCUCAGCUCUUGACCUUUGACUGGGCUCAGCCCUGGCCCGGGCCUGCCUCUCCUGCAGCAGAUACAGCUCAGGGCUCAAGGGCACUGAAGGCUAGGAGUCCUGUGUCCUUGAUACCACUGUGCUCCAACACCAGGGCAGCCUGCAUGUUGUCACAGUACAGAGACCCUAGGUCCUACCCCAAGCAAAGGAACCCCCCCCCCCACCUCUAGUUUAUCUAGGAGUACAAGAGCUAAAGGCAGACCAUACCUGGGAGGCUGACUGUUACUACUUUUCCGUUGCCCUGGAUGUCAGGAAGCAGCCACUCCACACUCAGACCAUCCCCACCAGGGGGCUGGAGAAGAGGGAUCAGGCUGCCUCCUGUGUAGUAAAUCCGCUUCCGUGUGGCGUUCCCUGUGGGGCCCCAGAUUGCCAAGAUGAAGUGUGCACCCUGUGUCUACACACAUUCUAAGCCUCACGGCACCCGUCAGGCUCACUCACCCCAAUGGACUCCAUUGGAGGUUAUGAUUAUGGACCUUGGGCCACGGCCAAAGAGCAGAGUUGCUGGGGUUGGAACCCCAUGGAGCUAAGUAUGCCCGGCCCCCAAGCUAGACUUCCCCUUCCCAUCACCUCAUUGGUGCCUGUGCAGUAAUGUUGAAUCUGAUGGGUUCCCUCUGGGAUGGCUUAACUGCAGUCUCUCUGAGGUUCAGGGUCAAGGGAAUGAGGGGUUUGGACAAGGGAACAGGUAGCAUCUGGGCCACUGAUUAGUGGGUGCAGCGAGGUGGGGGGCCUCUGAGGAACUGUGCUGCAAGAGAAAAGUACCUGGGGCUUGGAAUUUGCUGGGUUCCAAUCUAAACUAUGCUAUUCACAAGCAAAUGACUGUGUAGAGUACUUAACUGCUCUGAACCUCAGCUUCCCCAUCUAUAAAACAGAGUUACUGCUUUCUGGA